AUGUCUCUAAAAUUGAAAGUAGAUCUAAUGGAUGAAGAAGUCAAUGAGAAAAGCAGAGAACCCAGCAACGGAGAAGCGACAAGCAAGGAGGAAGACAAGAGGGAAGUCAACAGAGGCGUAGAGGAAAAUGAAAGCCUGGCUAAUAAAAAUCAUUGCAAGGAGGCAGUGAUUGAGGAAGGAGAUGAUCAUGAACUCUCAUCAGGAGAUGAUAGAUACGUCACCUGUGUAGAAGUUCUAAGCGGCGAUGAGAGCAAAGCAGCAAAAGACAAUGAAAUCACUAGGGAGGAAAGUGCUAGCUGCACAGGAAGUUAUGAGCUUGGUGAAACAAGCAAUGGAGGAUGUGGAACCAGCGAUGAAAAGGGCAGUGAGGACGGGACACAACUAAAGGAAAUGCCCGGGAAAAGUAUUCUGAUGGUAAAACUAAAGACCGAAAAGAAGAAUGUGCAAAGCGCUAUACUCGAAGUACGUCCUGAAACUAUUGGCGUGGUCGCAAGGAACAAGAGCGUAACCCUUAAUGUCAGAGAGAAGGACUCAAAGAAAAAAGAGCAAGAUGAUGCCCCCCCCCCCCCCAAUCCUGCAUGGAGGUUAAGUUUGAAAAUAAAAGAGGAGACAGAAAUCACCUCUCCUGGGAGAAGGCUGUUGGAGAAUGUAGAGGUCGGCCUUCAAGAAGACAAAUUCACACCAAAACGAGGCGACCAGCACAUGUCACAUUUCCGACACCAGCAGACUGUGGGACAGAAAGCAGAGACCAAAGAGUGGCAACUGGAUACGGAUGAUAUCCGGUACGGGGUUCACAGAACCUACUCGGACCAACCCCCACCAAAAGAACCGGGUUGCUGGACCAUAUGCAAGGUGUUGGGAAUGGACCUGUGCUGUUGUUGCCUCUGCACGUCGCCCCCAGAUCCAUAUUUUAUAGAGGAGGUAGAGGAUGAUAAAGAGGCAACUUGGCAAGAGGAAAGGAGUGAAAAUGGACAAAUCAAACCAGAUGGCAAAGACUUGGAGGAUUUCUCGUUCAAUGAUAACUUAGUAGAGACUAAGCCAAAACGUGUUGGGAGGAUGAAGAGGAUCAGGCGCUUUUUUAAACGUCUCUUCUGCUGCACAUCAGGGCAACACAAUGCCUGCAUGGCCUGCAAUGCUUAUCGACAUUGUAUGUGUAAAGGCACUCCACAGCAUGCUGAUGCAAACCAUUUUUGUCCGGUUCUUGUGCUCAUGCACAUGAUGAAAUACCACUCAGAUAAUAAAGUGUCUGGGGGUCAGUCAGUUAAGAUCAACAUUGAUGGGCGCCAAACAGAGAUCUGUGAGAGUGGGGACUACACCAAAUGA